AUAGACUGAUAUUGGUUACAUCAUUUUCCGUUAAAGUAUUAUAGUAUAGUAGACAAUGUCAUGCCCCAAUGGCCUUCUAUACAACAACAAAUCAGCCAGUUCGCUUUAUACAUUCGAUAUGAAUGCCUGUGCGCAGCGGUAGUUGCAGAAAUUGACAGUAAAAAUGCACAAACUAAUCUUCCUCUUCGCGGCCCUGCUAUCGACGGCGUCCACAGAAAAGUGUUACGGCGUAGUAUUCAAUAGGAAAUGCUAUGAAAUCGACAUAUUGAAAGAAGGCAUCAACAACAUCCACCAAUUGGCAUUGAAUGAUAAUGAUAACACACUAUAUUUCACCUUCGAUCAAAUCGCCAAGGAACCGAUGAGAGGGCUCGCUUUUUUCAACCUUGACUCCAAAGCCACCGGCAUCAUAGAAGGAGUAAGAAAUGCUUCAGGAGUUGCAGUAGACCAGAGAAGAAACAGGGUCUACGUCGGCGGAGCAGACGGUCUAUUCUUCUUAAACGAUAACAAAGUACCGGAACAGCUACCAGCUAAGGACAACAUACUAUAUUUGUACUACAAAGAUGUCAUUUUCUUUGUUAACAAACGGAGAGAAGCAUACAGAUUUGAUUAUGGCGUUGUAAGCCCAUUGCAAGAAGUCCAAGGAAUAGCAGUAGAUAAAUUAAUAGUAGACGAUGAGUAUAACAUGUUUUUCUUACAAAAUAGAAAACUGUUCAGAGUUAAAUUGGGUACUAGAGCGAUAAACACUCAUGAGAGAUAUACAGUCGAUGCAAUAACCACGGAUUUUAAUUAUAAACCAUUUGUUAGUACAACCAAUGGGCUUUAUGUUUACAAUAAGUAUAAGUAUGCUUUAGACAAAGUUUCAACAAUAACUGAUUUGAAAGAAAUUGUGUUUAAUCGUUUAGGUGAACCUAUCUAUGUAGUCGAGGAUCAUUUGGUUAAGUUAAAGAACCCUGUAACUUAUUUACACGAUUGAUAAGAUUGUUACGUCCGUGUUUUGAGCAAUAAUAGUUAUUUAUUUAUUUAUAAA